CAGGCUAACCAGGUUUUAGCUUAGUACCAACAUGAGCUGACGAAUUAAGAAGUAACGACUAGCAGCAGGCAGACGCUUGAAGCGGAGAAGGGAGCAGCUUUGAGUGACAGUGAUGCUAGACAGAUGAAAUGGAGCCUGAACGUCAGAGUCCUGCUAUGACGGACGGACGGCUGAGUCCCGCUGGGGCAGACACUGGCUCCUCGGGCCGUCCGGUUCGGCAGCGCUUCAGAAGUUCGGCCCAUUUCCAGAGCGUGCUGGACGGCCUGCUGUCUCUCAGACACACCGGCAUCCUGUUCGAUGUGGUGCUGCUGGUGGAGGCUCGACCUAUCCAAGCCCACCGUGUACUCCUGGCAGCCUCGUGUGAUUAUUUCAGGGGGAUGUUUGCUGGAGGCCUCCGGGAAAUGCAGCAAAACGAGAUUCCAAUUCACGGAGUUUCCUACGUGGCCAUGAAUAAAAUACUAGACUACAUCUACACUUCUGAGAUCGAGUUAGACCUGGAGAGUGUUCAGGAGGUCCUGAUAGCAGCCACGCUGCUCCAGCUUGAAAAUGUCAUUGGCUUCUGCUGCGACUUCCUGUUCUCCUGGCUGGACGAGAGCAAUAUUUUAGAGGUGCAUCACCUGGCUGAUCUCUACGGACUGCAGCAGCUUAAAGCCAUGGUCCACUCCUACAUCCUCAAGAACAUUCAGAGUUUGUCUCGGACAGAUGUUUACCGUCAGCUCCCUGAAGAGGACAUCUUCAGAGCGCUGAGCAGCGACGAGCUCCAGGUGACCAGUGAGAACGAGGCGUACGAGGCUGCACUUCACUUUCACUACAGUCCUGAUGAGGUGGAGACUGACCAGGUGUACUUGCAGGACAAUCUCAGGAUGCUUGAUGCUGUGCGUUUCUGUCUGAUUGAGAAGCAAACACUGCAGAGGCUCCACAGCAGACUGAAGGAAUGUCCUCUGAAGGAUUCGGUGUCUGUCGCGCUGCGGUACCACGAGCAGGAGAUGUGGCAGCCCACCCUGCAGAGUCCUCUCACUCAGCCGCGCUCCACCUUCCACUGUAUCCUGGGCUUCGGGGGCAUGUUCAGCUCCAGCUCCCUGGCAGACAACAAGCAGCUGUUCCACGCCUUCCACCCGAGCUGGAGGCAGUGGAGGACUCUCACUGCGGCUCACACGUCACAAAUGUCCAACCAGGGCAUCGCCGUCCUCAACAAUUUUGUCUACCUGAUCGGAGGGGAUAUGAACGAGAAUGGGUUUCGUGCAGAGAAUUGCUGCUGGAGAUACGACCCUCGUCACAACAGCUGGUGCUCCAUCCAGCCUAUGCAACAGCAGCACGCAGACCACUGCGUUUGUGUGGUGGGCGGCCAUAUUUACACCAUCGGAGGGCGCGACUACACACACGAGCUGGACUCAGUGGAGCGCUACGACCCCCACACCAACAAGUGGGAAUUUGUGUCGCCUCUGAAGAGAGAGGUGCAUGCCCACGCCGGAGCUGCGGUGGACGGUAAGAUUUAUAUAACAUGCGGACGUCGAGGGGUGGGGUACCUCAGAGAGACGUACUGCUUCGACCCUGCAGCCAAUCAGUGGACGGCGUGUGCAGAGGGGCCGGUGGAGCGGGCGUGGCACGGCAUGGCUGCGGUCAACGGACGUGUGUAUGUCAUUGGGGGGAGUAACGAUGAGCGUGGGUAUCGGCGUGACGUCCUGAAGAUGGCAUGUUUUAAUCCAGCUGCCAACUCUUGGUCUCUGCUGAGCCCCCUCCCCUCCGGACACGGGGAGCCCGGCAUGGCUGUGCUGGACGGUCGUAUCUACGUCUUGGGAGGACGCUCGCAUGACAAAGGCAGCAGGAUGAAAUACGUCCACGUGUACAACACGGACUCAGACGAGUGGGAGAAGGGGACAGAGUUAAGGGAGUGUGUGUCUGGCCUGGCGGCCUGCGUCGUACUCCUGCCUCCUGCUGUGAUCGCUCAGAGCAGGAGCUGGGAGCAGCGCACCAAGGCCUCAGACAUAGACCUCUCGGAGGACUCUAGUGAGGACUGAAGCAGACGUCUUCC